CUUGCUGGAACUCGUCAGUCUGCGUCGUCAUUGUUGAGCGGUAGGCACGCGUGUGGGGUGAAGUUGUCGCCAGUUUGAACGUUCACUUCGGGUUGUGUGUAUGUGUGUUUCGUUCAAUCAGUGCAGUGGUUCAAUGCAGCUUGGAUUUAUCUGGAUAUAUGUCCCAUAAUAGAUGGAUUUAGACGCAUUGAAUGAAAAAGUUGGAGCGGAUAGAGACAAUCGAAAGCCUAUAGUUAAGUUGGCGCAGUUGGGUGUCAUCCGAGCAAAAUAGAAAAGGCCAGAAUAGUAAAGACCCAGUCUUAGAAGGCGGUGCUAGUGGAAUUAGAAUUAUCGGCGGUGUUCUUGCCGAACCGACUGACGGAACGACCGAAUAUAGGCCAGUUUUCAACGGGCCGCUACAGUCUGGUGUAUCAGGGCGUCAAAGAAGUCGGGUAUUGGCCAGCCCAACAAUUUGAAAUUGUAUAAAAUUAAAAUAGAGGGGAGGGGAAUACAGAUAUCAGCCAUAAACUAACCAAAAUGAAAUUUUACUGGCUGACUAAGAAAUGUUUCGUUCCCGAGUGUACGAGCGCGUUUGUCGCGGGAAACGAAUGCGUCAAAGAAUUCUUCGGACUGCCGGCGGAUUGCGCAACCAAGCUGAAAUGGUUAAACGCCAUUUUGGUGCGCGACAGCGCCGAGCUGAAAGUUUGCGAAGAACACUUUCGGGUGGAAGACUUUUUUGUGGACGAAAACAAGAGAAAAAGGCUCAAGGCUUCCGCUGUGCCUAGUAAAAAGCUUCCCAGGUUCAUUUGCCGCGUUUGUUUAGGUUGGAAAAAAGACGUCAGCAACAAUUACCAGGAAAAUAUGUGCAGUUGCGUUAUCAUAAGCGACGCAGUCGCAAAGGAACCUGCUGAAAAAAGGGUUAGGAUGUUUUGGUCCAGAAAGGAGAAGUACGCUUUAUUCGGUAUGGUGAAAACGUACGGGAAUAUGAGGGUCACGGCCAGAGGACAUUUUCUAAUCGAUUGGGAAACAGUUACCUACAAGUACAGGGAAUACGGUUUUUUUGGUAAUGAAGCUGAACUCCGUAGUCUUUGGCAAUCAAUGAAAAGGCGCGUAAAAACGUUAGUCAAGAAUCAAGGGAUGGUUCAAAAGUUGGAUAAGAAGAUUUACAGAUUCCUGUAUGGAAAACAAAGGCCAAUAACUGCUAAUGAUGUAGAAACUGAAAGGCCCAAGAUACUUCUAAGAAUAUCAUUAAAUAAUGAAAGUGGAGCAAGCAAUGACAUCGCGAAAGAAAUGGUUCCAACAUCUUCGGAUAACGAAAGCUCUGUUCGUCGAUGUAAAACCGAGUCGGCAGAAGAUCGAACUCCAAUAAUAGUAUUGGACGACGAUGAAGAUGAAGCCGACAAGAGCAGCGGCUUUGAUGAAAUGGAGACCGACGACAAUUCAGAAGAGGAAGCUUACAGUGAGGACGAAUAUUGGGGCCUUGAAGAUCUAGAGAAAAAACUGGGUAUAAGUAUAGGAAAAUAUGGUUGCCUCACAUUUAGAGACCGAAGGGAUGAAAAGAAUGAGGUGAUUGUAAUUUCGGACAGCGAAUGUUAAAUGAGGGUCGCCCAAGACAACAACCAAUAUGUAAUGGGAUGCCCUUCGGAAAAUUGCUCAGAAACAGUGGAUCAGUAGCGUGGAUAAUUGCCGUGAAACUGUAUACGCCUGCACAAGCAAAAAGAACUUUAAAAUUGUGAUAAUGUAUAUAAUGUUGUAAACCACUUUUUUGCUAUUGAUGGAUAUUUUUUUAUAUUAUAAAAUAAUAACAUUCUGUUCAGUAAAAGUUUUGUUUCUUAAAUAAAAGUCACAGAAUGUU